AUUUCCAGAGUUCACUGAAGGCAACCUCCGUUACCACCGACUUUUCUUUGCGCCUGCGCAGUUCUGCGUGUCUGACCUUCAUAGUGGUAACAUGUUCGCCAGGACCAGCGCGUUGGUUUUUUCCCCACAAUGUGGGCAGGUCAGGAACAUGGCUACCUUGAAGGACAUCACCAUUCGGUUGAAGUCCAUCAAGAACAUCCAGAAGAUCACGAAGUCCAUGAAGAUGGUGGCCGCUGCCAAGUACGCUCGUGCUGAGAAGCAGCUGAAACCCGCACGCGUCUACGGCACUGGCGCUCUGGCUCUGUACGAGAAGGCCGACAUCAAGGCACCCGAGGAUAAGGUGGCUAAGCAUCUGAUUGUUGGCGUGACCUCUGACCGUGGACUCUGUGGCGCCAUCCACUCUGGUGUGGCCAAGACCAUCAAAAAUGAGAUCGCUAACCUGACCGGCUCUGGCAAGGAGGUGAUGGUGAUCAAUGUUGGAGACAAGCUGAGAGGCCUUCUGCACAGAACUCACGGAAAACACAUCUUGCUGAACUGCAAGGAGGUCGGCCGCAAGCCACCAAAUUUUAGUGAUGCGUCGGUCAUUGCCACCGAGCUGCUCACCUCUGGUUACGAGUUCGAUCAGGGCUCUGUCAUCUUCAACAGAUUCAGGUCUGUGAUCUCCUAUAAGACGGACCAGAAGCCGUUGUUCUCCAACGACACCGUCUCCUCCUCGGAGAACAUGGGCGUCUAUGAUGACAUCGAUGCUGAUGUGCUGAGGAAUUACCAGGAGUUUGCUCUGGUCAACGUCAUCUACCUGGCUCUGAAGGAGUCCUCCACCAGUGAGCAGAGCGCCAGGAUGACUGCGAUGGACAGCGCCAGCAAGAACGCCUCUGAGAUGAUUGACAAGCUGACCCUCACCUUCAACCGGACCCGACAGGCCGUCAUCACCAAGGAGCUGAUCGAGAUCAUCUCUGGAGCUGCUGCCCUAUAAACAUGGAGCUCUUCAAAGUACUUCAGACACGCUGAUGUCCAGUCUCAUGAAAGUUUGUGCUUCUAUUUGUAAAAUGUAUAAAGAGAAUAAACAUCUUACACAGAAACUUCA